AGUGCGCUGACGGACUUUUGGAGAGUUCAGUGUUGUGCGCUCACGGUGCGUCACACGCUCAAAACCUCCACUGGAAGCGCACGACUGCAGACUUUAUUAUACAUGCAAAUACAAGCAAGGCUCCAGCUUCUCUCUGACAGAAACAACAGACUUCGUUUUUCAUCCUAUACAAGCUUUAUUUCGGCUCUACUUGUGGCUGCAUCUCAGGAGUGAAAUGGAUGUCAUACCUAUGUGUAGCAUCUUCCAGGAGCUCCAAAUUGUGCACGACACCGGAUACUUUUCAGCUUUACCAUCUCUGGAAGAGUACUGGCAGCAGACAUGCCUCGAGCUGGAGAGGUACCUCCAGAGCGAGCCCUACAUUUCAGCCACGGACCUCAAAUUUGAGAGCCAGGAGGACCUGUGGAGCAAGCUGAUGCUCGCCUGCGGGGACAAGUCAAACGAGACGGACCCAAAGAUCCCCCACAUCAAGGAGGAGGAAGACAAUCAGGACAGCCAGCACCUCGACGCCGGCGGGUUCAACUCCGACGCCAGCAGCGAGGCCUCGGACAGCUCAGAGGAGCUCUCCCCUACCCUUGACUUCUCCUCCAGCUCUUUGACUGACAUUCUGGGCGACGGUGGUGAAGACCUGGGCUCCGCCAUCAUCAGCACGCCGCCGUCUUCACCCGAGCUGGGCAAGGAGAGCUCUGUCGCCCAGGUGUGGAGUGGGAUACAGACUGUGCUGCACUCACCUGGGAAAAUAAGGACUGGGGGCAUGGAGAGGACAGGGCUGACCAGCGGGGAGGCGUCGCCGGACGGGAGGAGGCGGGUGCACAGGUGUCUGUUCAACGGAUGCAGGAAGGUGUACACCAAGAGCUCGCACCUUAAAGCACACCAGCGCACACACACAGGUGAGAAGCCGUACAGGUGUUCAUGGGAAGGUUGCGAGUGGCGCUUUGCACGAAGCGAUGAGCUCACCAGACACUUCAGGAAGCACACUGGAGCAAAGCCAUUCAAAUGCAGUCACUGCGACAGGUGUUUCUCCCGUUCUGACCACCUGGCACUGCACAUGAAGAGGCACAUCUAAGAUGGCCUCUGUGUUGAAGGCCCUGAGGGAUGAUUCUGGUUGAUUGUCCUGACCUGUGGGGGAUCAGCGAGGCCGGUGUGUCCUGGGAGCGUUAACAGGCGCACCACCGUGUUCCAGUCAGUGGAAAAACAUGAAGCAACGCAGGCUAUUAUUUGCACCAUACUUAGUGCCUCCAACACCUCGCUGUGGAGAUUGCUCUUGAAAGGCUUUUUCAGAGGAGCGGGAGGGGCGGGAGGAGAGACUUGGAAAAGAAAAAAAAAAAAAAGUUAAAACGGGAAAAAUCUGGGCUGGAAAAAGACAGGAAGAGACUCUUCUGUAUGGUGUUCAACGCUUUUUUCCUGGAGGAUUAUGGGACUCCUGCAGGGGUGCCGUUCCUCCAAUGACAGUGUGUUUGCCUGUGCGCAUGGGGACUGUGAGUGCCUGCGACUGGAUGCCUGUGCUGGCUUUAUGGAGCGGAUGGAGCUUGCAUUGUGGAACUGCGAGUGAAUGGCAUGGAUGGAUUGAUGUUACACAUGGGAGGCUUUUAUUUGA